GGCAGCAAUUGCAAGCCAGCUGCAGCAAGGUCAAUUGUUUUGAUUGAUUUCAAUUUCACCUUAUUUUGCUUUCAUCUAGCUGCUCGACAUCGAGGCGUAUAGCCAAAAACGAAACGCAUGCCAAAAUUCGGCGGGUUGAGGCCUUAAUGUAGGAGUGCGCAGCACCAUACUGAAUCAGCAACAUGCCCCCCAAGCAGAGGAAAAUCGCCGUGAUGGGCUACCGCUCGGUCGGCAAGUCGUCGUUGAGCAUCCAGUUUGUCGAGGGACAGUUUGUUGACUCGUACGACCCGACAAUCGAAAACACUUUCUCCAAAAUCGUCCGCGUCCGAGGCGAAGAGUACGAGGUCAGCCUUGUGGACACGGCCGGACAGGACGAGUAUUCCAUUUUCCCGACGCAGUACUCGCUGGACAUCCACGGCUACGUCCUCGUCUACUCCAUCAACUCGGCCAAGUCAUUCGAGAUCGUCCAAAUCAUUUACGAUAAACUGCUCGACAUGACUGGCAAGGUCAACGUCCCCAUUGUGCUGGUCGGAAACAAGACGGAUUUGCACAUGGAGCGCGUCGUUUCGGCCGAAGAAGGUCGUCGGCUGGCCGAGACCUGGAAGGCCGCCUUUCUCGAAACCUCGGCCAAGGCCAACGAAGCCGUCGGCGACAUUUUCACAAGUUUGUUAAACGAGAUCGAGAGGGCCAACGGAAAUGUGCAGGAAAAGUCCGGAUGCAUUAUUUCUUAACCUAAUCUAGGAGCACACUUCUUGUUUUCUAUAUUUUUGGGAUAGGCUGAGAGAGAAAGAGUAAUUAACUAAUUGAUUAAUGUUAUAUUGUAAGCAGCAGUGUACAAAGGCGCUUGUGAGUGUAAGUUGGCCAACACGAGGUAUAAUGAAAUGUAUCAUUAAGUCUUAUUCCGUAUUGAUUUAUAAAUAAAAAAAAAUCAUUGAUUACUAUCAUCAUGGGCACAUUGUAUUGUACAUUAGGGUUGUUUCAUUUUGAACACUGCCAAAAACAUGAUUAUAUUAUACAUUUAUUAUAAAUCCUGUAUGUGACGCAAAGCCAAAACCAUUCUAAAAUAAUAAAAAUAUUGCAAUUUAAUUUGAAGGUAAAACUGA